AUGGCUCCCGAAAAGAGGCUGAGAUGCAAAACACCAGACCCGUGUCGAAGGCAUAAAAGCCCAGACCCAAAAGCUUUAAGGAAGGCAGAACAGCAUGUGCAAGUUGCCAAAAAGGCAGAACGGAGUCGGGGGUCUUCAGAACCCACAGCAAGGCGGCUGACCUUUGACGGUGUCCCAAAGGUAACUCCCAUAGUUGCCGAAAACACUCCAGGUGAACGUCGCCCAGGUGAUGCCCUGCCUGAAACCAGGAGAAGCUCCAAGGGUGGGAAGAUGACUUCGGCUGAAGCUGACAAGAUCCUGGCACAGUUUGCUCGUGAGAAGGAGCUAUGGUGCUGGGAAGCAAAGGAAAUGACAGCUUCUGCGUCGGAGAGUGAAGCUUCCCAGGCAGCGGAGGCCAGCUCCAGCUCAGAGGACUCUGGGUUGGAAAGUUCAGAUGAUGAGACAAAGGUGACCGUGACAAAGACCAAAGAAGGAAAAGGUAAGGCCAAGACAGUAGAGGUCCCCAAGGUUCAAACGAACUCGAAGGCUGACAACGACAAGGACAAGAAAGGUAAGGAGAAGGAAGAUGAACAAGAAAAGGAUGAAGGAAGCGGCUCAGAGAAUUCUGAUGAGGAUGACGAAGAGGUUGAAGCCCAAGAAGCCAGUGAAAAAGAACAGGAUGAACAGGAUGAAGAUGAGGAGGAGGACCAGAAGGAGUCAGAGAGUUCUGAAGAGGAGGGUGCAAGCAGUGAAGGCGAAGAUGCAGAUAUCGAGGAUGAAGUUAGCGAGAAGCAGGCAAAAGAAAAGAAGCAAAAGAGAGAUGAUAAGUCAAAGCAGCAUGAUGCCAAGGCAGGUCAAAAAGAGAGCAAGGCAGACAAGCAUGCAAACAAGUACGGCCAGGAAGAGAAGAAGAAGAAGAAGGCAGCAAAGGCAGAGAAGAGCACCGACGAUGAGACGUCAGAGAAGCCAUCUUCGAGUGUUGACACGGUAGAGAAGAAGAACGGCAAGGCAGUGAAGACGGACGGCAAAGAAGGGCAGACAAAGAAGAGCAGAGAUGGCAAGGCAGAAGAUAGCAAGGCAGAAGUGAAGAAAGGUGGCAAUGCAGAGAAAAAUGAGAAUGGCAGGGCAGAUUCAACUGAAGACGGCAAGAAGAGGAAGAAAGGUGACAGCCCUGAGGAUGUGGAGAAGAAAAAGAAAGUUGCUACAGCAGCCUCAAACAAGGCAGAGUCAGACACGACAAAGGACAAGGUGGAGGUGCCCAAGAAGAGAAAGGUAUCUAACACAGAGGAAGGCAACAUGGAGAAGAAGAGAAAGGAAGAGAAAGCCAUCGAGCCGACUAGCCCGAAGAGCAUCGUCAAAAAGGCGACCCCGCAGAAGACCCCAGAGGAUGAGACAGGAGAGCAAGAGGUUCAGAAGAAGCUAGCAGAAGCAGAGAGCAACAUGAAAGUCAACAGCACCACCCACCGAAAGAUGUGGAUGAAGUUUCUCAGGUUCCGAAAGAACAAGAAGAAGAUGAGACUUUGUCCUGCCCAAAUGGUGGCAGCCUUGCAGUCUGAGGACCAACGGCAGAAGAUCUUUGCCGACUUUGUAAAGGUCGGUGGGAAUGUGCAACACCUGGUGCUGAAAUAUGAAGCUGGCCUUACUGAAUCCCAAAGUUCGAACAUCCAAUGGGGUUUCAGACCUGAGAAAUGGCUAGAGGAUCGACAUGGUGGCAAAAAGGCCAAAAAGCUGAUUGAGCGUAAGUUGUAUAUACAAGACCCCGAGCUUCCCGAUGACGAGGAGGAGAAGCUUUUCUUCACCAUGAUCAAUCUGGACAUGUCCAACAUCACCGAAGUGCGACGUCUUACGAAACUUGAGAUGGAAGGGUGCAUCGACCAAGCUGGCCUAGAUGAGUUCGUGAAGGCUGGCGGUGUGUUGGACCCAAAUGCGCAGCUGAAGUUGUCAGACUUCACAGGGAAAGGUGGCUGUGACAAGCUGGCUAGCGCUAUGGGUGCUUUGGGUGGCAACCAACCGGCAAAGGCCACAAAUAAGAGAAGAAGUCAGGCUCAGCAAGGUGAUGCUGCCCGUGAGGCUAGGAAUGGCGCUUUCAAGCUGAAGCCCAUCAAGAUGUCGUCGGACCUGAUUGACCAGCUCAACGCUGUGGCGAUCAAGCUGGAGGAAUGUGCGGCUUCGCUCCAGGACUUGAUUGGAAAGAAGAAAUCGAAAAACAAGCACUAUGUGGGUAUCAUCACCGAGGUGGAGAAAUAUGGCGCAAUGGCUCGUGAGAGGUUGGAACUUUCCAAAGCCCUUUUGAGGGCCAGCGACAAAGCGGCCAAUCCCAGGAGUGCUGCUAAGGCCAAAGCUGCCUCAAAAGCGGCGGCUGGGAAUCCUUCGAAGCCUGGCGCAAGCUCCAAGACCGGUGCAACCAAAUAG